CCCGACAAACACGAGCCAUGGCGAUGGUGGCAGUCGGGGGUAUGGUCGCCUCUGCCGUCAUCAAGUUGGUGAUUAAACAGAUCAGUUCCGCCAUCGGAGGCGAGAUCAAGCUGCACUGGAACAUGAAGAAGGAUCUCGAGAAGAUGAAGAUGACGCUGGAGUCGGUGGAGGCCGUGCUCAGUGACGCCGAGACGCGGUCUGUCACGGAUAACUCGGCGGUUCUGUGGCUGAAGCGGCUUAAGGUCGCCAUGUACGACAUCUCCGACAUGCUUGAUGACUUCGAAGCUGACACUGACCUGUGGGAAGCUACGAUGAAUAAAAUUAAGAUGCCACGUAAGAUGAAGAAGAUGCAAAAGCGCCUACAAAAGAUAGCAGAUGACCGUAACAAUUAUCGUGUUCUACCAGAAACUCGCAGCGAGGAGAAGCAAGUUCCUGAUAUCCGGGAGACAGCCGGGUAUGUGGAGGAAGCAGAAAUCAUCGGACGGACCAAUGAAAAAUUGGAAAUCGUGGCUUGUAUAUCUGGGAGCACCACUCAAGGGACCACCAUCCUUCCAAUAUGUGGCAUUGGAGGCAUUGGAAAAACCACCUUGGCGAGAUUAGUUUUCAAUGAUUCAGAGUUCAAAGAAUACUCUAAGGUGUGGGUCUAUGUGUCCCAGAAAUUUGAACUGAAAAAGAUUGGCAACACCAUAAUAUCACAACUAUCACAGGAGAAGCCAAUAUCUGAUGAUUUGCAUAGUAUUCAUACUCGUCUUCGAGAGUUGUUUACUGGUAAGAGGAUCCUGAUCAUUUUGGAUGACCUGUGGGAGAGCAAUCCUUCCCACCUACAAGAAUUGAAGGCUAUGCUGAAGCAGGGUGAGGGGAGCAAGGUGCUGGUUGUGGUUACAACACGCGAAAAAAGCAUUGCACAGGAAGUUGGUACUGUUAAUCCAUUCGAAUUACCUGCCUUGUUAGAUCAAAUGUGCUGGGAUAUACUAAAAGUGAAAAGUAUGUUUGAAACAAGGCAGGACAAAGAGCGCUUGGAGCCAAUUGGAAAGGAAAUUGCAAAAAAGUGUGGAGGUGUGCCUUUAGCUGCUCAGUCACUUGGACACAUGUUGAAAUCCAAGACAUACGAUGUAUGGGAUUCCAUCAGAUCCAACCACAUCUGGAAUCUGUCUGCGUCCAAAGAAACAUUGUCUACACAUGAAGUGCUUGCAUCCUUGUUGCUAAGCUACAACUUCAUGCCUCCACACUUGAAGUUAUGCUUUGCUUAUUGUGCAAUCUUUCCAAAAGGCCACAACAUGAUUAGUUAUGAUCUAAUUCAUCAAUGGAUUGCUCUUGGAUUCAUUGAGUCAUCUAGUACAUUCUCUACCUUGGAGCUCGGCGAGAUUUAUAUCACGAAGCUUCUGGAGAUGUCAUUUUUUCAACAUUCAAAGAUGACUGAUAUAUAAAAAUGUACAUGUCUCAUUGCAAUCUUUGAUCACGUUUCUAUGGAAAGAGUACAAAUAUUUAAAAUGAUAAGCAUUUCAUGAUGCAAAAGAGACGGGACCUACUACUGUAGCGGUGCAUCUUGUAGAGCCUCAUUCACUGACUCUGGCUUUGCGAUUCCAACUCAUCUUCCUUUCAUUUACAAUUAAUUUGUUAUUAUUUUAAUUUUUUGCUUGAGGAACAGUUGGGUGUUUUGUAUUAUUAUUUCAUUUACAAUUAGUUUGUUACAGUUAGUUUUGUGUACCUGCGGUAAUCGAAUAUUUUUCAUUGCGGUUGUUUUGCUAAGCUCUAAUCCUUACAUUAAGUGUAUGUUGUUAAUGAUUUUUUAGCAGCUUAAAUGUCUUAUUAAUUCCAAAUCGCUGCAAGCUGCUGUCUUGAGCCACUUUAAAUGUUUUACAUUUCUUAUGGAGAGAGACAGUUUAUUGCUCACACUCAUUAAUUUGCCGCACCACAUCAUCAAUGGAUGAUGGACCAUACUACCCGUAUACUACUGUUCCUGACUGUAUUCCACAUUUUAAUUGCAAUAUGAUAGUAGUCUAGAGACCAGAUGUUACAGUUCUAUGUAGGAGCUUUUUCUUAUUUUAAUUGGCAUAUGUUUAUAAGAAUAUCAAUAAUUUGAACUCUUGAGUAAUCUUUUAUUGCAAUGUUCGAGUUUGUACAAAAUACACUUAAAAAUUUAGUGUUCAUGUCUUUGAUUUUACUUGUUAUUAGACCUUUGUUUUUACAUUAUGGAAAAGCAUUAGCUGAAAAUGACAAUGAUCAGACGAAAAAAUAGUUGAAGAUUAUGAAAGAAAGUGUAGAAGUGCGAAAACAGUAAAACUGCAAUAAAUAAGAGGAAAACUCAGCAGAGUUAUAGUCUUUGAAUUGCAGACGAAGAAUAGCAUCCAGUUAGAACGGCGACCCUUUCGAAGGAAGUAAAGAUGCUACACGGUUCACUAUGCAUGACUUGGUGCAUGACCUCGCAAAAUCGGUCAUGGUUGACGAAUAUAACUUGGAAGGCCCC